AUGAAGUUCAUAUUUAUAUUUACGCUAUUAGUAUAUCCCAGUUUAGCUGAUCAACGCGUAAACAAUAAUGUUACGCAGACACAAGUGCUCGAUAGAAGAUUGCGCGCUUCUGAAUCAAGUGAUAAAAAUAAUCCAUGUACCUACACAGUCCCAGUAAAACCAAACUUCUCUGCGCCUGGCACAAGAAUAAGCGAAGCGAAAUGUUACGAAUAUAUAUGGGAACUAAAAGAACGACAAGACAACUUGGAAAGGGAAACCAAAUGUUCAAAAUGGAGACGCGACCAAGCAGGUGUGCAUGAUGUUCAUUUUGUUAUUGGUGGUCGUGCAGCGGAACCUGGUGAAUUUCCACAUUUGGGUGCUGUUGGUUGGAGAGCGGUUGUUGGAACAUGGAUCUUUAAGUGUGGCAGUUCAUUAAUUAGCUCAAAAUUCCUUUUGACCGCAGCUCAUUGUUCCCAAGUCUCAUCACGUGAUGCCAGCUUAGCUGAUACAGUCCCAGAGAUUGUCAGACUGGGUUAUAAAAAUAUAGUUGAUGUGUUCACUUCCGGAGGUAAUCCACAGGACGCCAAAAUUAAAAGAAUAAUAAAACACCCAAACUUCAACUCUCCCAAAAAAUAUUUCGAUAUUGCAAUAAUAGAGAUAGUAGAUGCAGUGGUGUUCACUAAGUUUAUUCAGCCAGCGUGUCUUUGGUCCAAGUUCGAUACCAAAGAAUUAGGCAAUAAAGCAACAACUACUGGUUGGGGCAUUGUUGAAACAGCCGGAAUGAAAACAUCCCCAAAUCUACAGGCAGCAGUGGUAGAUAUUAUUAACUCUGAGACAUGCGAUAAUUUGUUAAAACCACAUCGUAGUAGACUGUGGGGUGGUCUAGAAUCCCACCAACUGUGUGCGGGUAAACUUACCGGAGGAGUAGAUGCUUGUCAGGGUGACUCUGGAGGGCCAUUACAAGUGCAAAUUCCCUUACCAAUUAAAACACAAGGAUCUAUGCACUACGUCAUAGGCGUGACGUCAUUUGGGAUAGGAUGUGCAUUGCCCAAUCUGCCCGGUGUUUACACGAGAGUGUCCAGCUUCAUAGACUGGAUCGAAGAUGUGGUGUGGCGGGGAUUGUAA